CUGGCCUCCAGCGACAAGGCGCGUUCCCGAAAGCGGCGAAGACAAGCAGUGGAGGUGAUUCAAAAGCAGUUCCUUAUAAAAUUAAUAUAGUAACUUGUAAGUCAGAGUGAACAUGUCUGAAGAGAAGCCAAAGGAUCCUGUUAAAACCGAGAAUGACCACAUUAACUUGAAGGUGGCUGGACAGGAUGGCUCUGUUGUCCAGUUUAAAAUUAAAAGGCACACUCCCCUCAGCAAACUAAUGAAAGCAUACUGUGAAAGACAGGGUUUGUCAAUGAGGCAAAUUAGAUUCAGGUUUGACGGUCAACCAAUCAAUGAAACCGAUACACCUGCACAGCUUGAGAUGGAAGAUGAAGACACUAUUGAUGUAUUUCAGCAGCAGACCGGUGGCACGUGUUAAAGCUACAUCUCCCUUCCAGGGGACUGCGGACCUUGAUCAGACCCACUUUCCUAAGCUCUCUGAAAUAUUUUUCUGAAAUUUCAAUUUCAGAAAAAUAUCUGAAAAGGGCAUUUGCAGUUAUUGUUUUUAAUCCCUGGGUGAUCAUGGAUACCUGAUUUGGGUCUGGUUUGGCCAUGAUUUGCUAGCAGAUAAAAAAAAAAAAAAAACUUUGUAUAAGAGGAGGGAGGGGGGACACUUAGAAUUUACAUUUUAAAAUGGGAACCAAGACCGGGGGAAGGGGGGUACAAUUGAUGAUUUAAAUUGCUAUCGUGAUGCAUUUACAAGGUACAGACUUCCCCUUAAGCCCUAUACUUUUGUAAGGGUUGACGCCAAAACAGGUUAUUGUUCCAGCAACGUUCUAAAAUGUGGUUUUUGAAAGCCCACGUAGAAGGCAGUGUUUUAGAUUGUGGGUAGUCUGUAAUAAUUUCAGGGUGCAGUACUUUUUAAAACUUCCGGUGUUUCUGUAGUGCUUCACUGGAACAAUAACCAUAUACAGAAAGAUGAAGUGUAUAGCGGCAUUAGGGAUGCCGGAACAACACAUAGUCUAAUGUUGCUUUUCCUCAUGACGAGCUUGCUAAAAAAGAAUAAGAGAAUUCGUGUUUAAUGUUCUCUUUUAAAAAAAAAAAAAUAAAUAAAUAAAUAAUUUAAAAAAGGGGUCUGCAUUUUGAUAUCAAACCUGAUCAAGAGAUUUUUUUUUUGUGUGUGUGAGGAGGGUGACAUGUAUAAAGCAAAACAAUAAAAAGCCCCAUGUUUUAGACUGAGAUGGAUGUGUUUUUUUUCUCCUUAUUCCUUACCUGUAUUGUGGCAAAUAAGUGGGUAUUUACUCUGCUUUGGCUGCAUAAGGGCACCUCUAUAUUAACACGACUGUCCUGGUUCAAAAGAAAGCUUUACCAGUAGCUUGCAAUCUUGUUAACUUGUUCCUGCAUUUUCUUUUUCAUCAGGGUAAAAAAUUCCACUGAUUCUGUAAUGUUUCUCUACUGAUUUGUACAUUUAUUUGUUGUUCUUUACUACUGUAAACAAUAAAUAUAGUUUGGUACUCA